AUGGGCAAGAACCAGGACACCAAGCCGGAGGAGGCGCAGCAUCAUGCCGGCGCCGCUCGACCCGUGACGGACGAGGAGCAGGGGGACUCGAGACGGAGUAGCAUUUCGUCCCUGCCCUCCACGUUCCAGAAGAUCCUUCGCUACGGGCGGGUCGAAGCGCGCGGCAUAGAGCCCAUCCCGCUCGAGGAGCGCACAUCGACGCGGUACUACAACAUCGCCACCAUCUGGACCUCGAUCAACACCAACAUCAUCGGCAUCACCUUUGGCAUGCUCGGCCCGCUCGCCUACAACCUGCGCCUGCGCGACGCCGCCCUCGUCAUCCUCUUCUUCAACAUCAUCUCCUGCGUCAUCCCGGGCUACCUGUCCACGCUGGGGCCCAAGACGGGCCUGCGCCAGAUGAUCCAGGCGCGCUACUCCUUCGGUCGGUACCUCGUCUCCAUCCCCGUGCUGCUCAACCUCGCCACCAUGACGGGCUUCACCGUCAUCAUCUUCAUUACUGGCGGCCAGUGCCUGACCGCCGUGUCCAACGGCACCAUCUCGCCCAACGCUGGCAUCAUCAUCAUCGGCAUCAUCUCCCUGGUCGUCUCCUUCUGCGGCUUCCGCGUCCUACAUAUCUACGAGACGUACGCCUUCGUCGUGGCCGUCAUCGCAAUCACAAUCACCGCCGGGUGUGGAGGAGCAGGUCUCGCGAAGCAGAGUGUGCCCGCCCAGCCGGCAACCGCCGCCAACGUGCUCAACUUUGGCAUGAUCGUCGCAAGCUACCAGAUCCCCUACGCCGGCUUGGCGAGCGACAUGUCCGCCUACUUUAACCCCAAGGUUUCGACAUGGCGAGUGUUUUGGUAUACUUACCUUGGUCUCAUGACGCCCACCAUUCUCCUCAUGACCCUCGGCGCAGCCAUCGCCGGCGCCAUCCCCAACAACCCGGCCUGGCAGGACCAGUACGACAAGUACCUCGUCGGCGGCGCCCUGUCCGGCCUGCUCGCCCCCGCCGGCGGCUUCGGCAAGUUCGUGCUCGUCAUCCUCGCCCUCACGCUCCUCGGCAACACCUGCGGCACCUUCUACAGCAUCACCCUCAACUUCCAGACGCUGCUGCCUUGGCUCUUCCGCGUCCCACGCUACGUCUUCGCCCUCGUCAUCACCGUCAUCAUCGUCGUCGUCUCCAUCUUCGCCGUCGACAACUUCUUCGUCAGCAUCGAGAACGCCGUCUCGCUCAUCGGCUACUGGUCCUCGCAGUUCUGCGCCGUCGUCAUCGUCGAGGACGUCGUCUUCCGCCGGCGCGACCCGGCGGCGUACGACCACGCCGCCUGGUGCGACGCCCGGCGGCUGCCGCUGGGCGUCGCGGCGAUGGGGGCGGGCGUGCUGGCCUGGGGCUUGAUCGUGCCGGCGAUGAACCAGGUGUACUUUACGGGGCCGAUCGCGAAGCACACGGGUGACAUUGGCUUCGAGCUUGCGUUUUUCUGCAGCGGCUUGCUGUACAUUCCUCUGCGGUAUGCGGAAAAGCGUCUCUCUGGGAGGUAA